AUGGAGGCCAUAAAGAAAAAGAUUGCAGCAUUAAAGCAAGAGAUGGAUGCUGCGAAUGAAAAAGUUGAAGCCAAUGAAACCAAAGCUAAACAAGAAGAUUUUCGCGCAGAUUUAUUAUUUGAUGAAGCCAGAUCUCUUGCACAAAAGCUUAUAACAAUUGAACGUGAUUAUGAAGUUGCUAAAGUUAACCUUGAAACAACAACAGCAGCUUUGGAAACAUGUGAAAAAGCAUAUACUAAGGCUGAACAAGAUCGAACCGUUUUAACAAAAAGAGUUCAAGAAAUUGAGGUAAGUCUGACGAAGAAGGAAGAAUUACGUCUUCUGGCAGCAGCAAAAUUAGUACGUGCUACUGAACUUGCCGAUGAUGCUCAGAGAAUGUGUAAUGUAUUGGAAGAUCGAAAUCGAAUAGUUCAAGAACAUAUGGCGAAACUUACUGAAGAACUGAAAGAUGCUAGAUUAAUUGCUGAAGACGCCGACGCAAAAUCCGAAGAAAUUGCUGAAAAGCUGUCACUUGUUGAAGAAGAACUUGAAAAUGCUGAAGAAAGAGUGAAAAACAGCGAAGCAAAAAUUAUUGAACGAGAGGAUGAAUUAUUCAUUGUUCAAAAUAUAUUUAAAUCUUUAGAAGUAUCAGAAAAAAAGGCUAAUCAACGAGUAGCUGAUUCUAAAAUUCAAGUAAAAGAAUUAAAAGCCGCCCUCAAAGCCGCUGAAAAGCGUGCUAUCCAAGCUGAAAAAACUGUAAGAGCAUUGCAGAAAGAAGUUGAUCGAAAAGAAGAUGAACUAAGAGAAGAAAAAGAAAAGUGCAAAGCUAUAAUUGAUGAUAUGGAUUUAACGUUUGCUGAAAUGACAGGAUAUUAA